UCUCUCUCUCUCUCUCUCUCUCUCUCUCUCUCUCUAUUACGCCCACGCCCUCAGUAGAAGUCCUCUCUUGCAAUAUCUUGAAUUCAGGGGUCAUCCUUGUUAAUACUUUAAAACCAGAGCCUGCUUUUCUCACAGAAGUUCUGCCCUAUAAUAAAACCCCCCCAAAAGUAACCAGAUUUUUAACGGUCUCCUCUCUUGAAGGGGAAGUAUUGAAUUAUUCCAUCUAUACAACUGUGUUCAAUAUUUGAGAACAGAGAGGUCCACAUAAUUGCUUGAGCACGUAAUGCAGGUGCACUAUUUCAAAAUCAGCUACUGAGAUGGCAGAAUUUUGAUGGAAAUGAUGAAGGCCUGAUGCAAGUUGACACCCCAAAAAUAUCUGCUUUAUAGUUGUGGAGGUUAAGAUGCCAAGGUACCGUUCCCAUAGUUUGUCUAUGGGGAGAAAGCGUCAUCUAGGGAAAUGUAAUUCUAGGGUUAAUGUGAAUGUAGUCGACGUUCCAGAAACAUCAAGCCAAAAUUUGAAAGGCUGCAAAACUUCAAAGAACAGGAAGAAACCUUCACAGAGAGCUACCUUUAUAAUUAUAGACAAUGGCCUGGAUGACGAUGAGCAUCAAAAUGGUGAAGAACGUGAUGAUGCUCAUCAAAGUGACACAAUCUCCAGCGAAGUACUUACAUCGGUUCCUGAUGAACCCCAAAUUGUUGAAGAUUCAGAUGAUGAAUGUCAGAUGUUUUUUCGAGGAAAAGCCCCAUGUUUUUCACCAAAGCGCACGGAACAUCAGUUUCGGACCUCUAGAAAUCGUUUUGGUCUUAAUGAUGGCUACUUUGGGAAUUUGACCUCUAGAAAUCGGUUUGGUCUUAAUACUGGCUUUGCAUCUAAUAUAUCAGAAGAUGAUAAUUCAGAUUGUGAAAUUUUGGAAGACUCUUCUGGCGAUGUUCGUGCUCAGUGGGAGAAAGCUGCAUUAAGAAGGAAAAUGAUGAAGGGAUCUUGGAACAUGCAAUUUGAGGUUGAGGAUCAGGCAAGCACCUCAGGAUCCAAUAAUGAAUCUAGAAGUCAUUCACAAAAUAGCUCAUUUGUUCAAAAGGAUGUCAAUGUAGAUCGCGAUUUGGAGUCUGAUGAGCCAGUGCUUUCUAGUGCAAGUGACAUUGUGAUGGAGGAUAUCUGUGAUAUUGUGAUGGAGGAGGAUAUCUCCAACUUUAAGACUAGUCCGGAUGAUAUUAGAGAAGAGUUUAUUCCAAAUCCUGAUCUUAAUGACUCUGGAUCAGAAUUUGAUCGUCAGUCACCAGAUAUGGGUGCCCCAACUCAGAUGGGGGAUUCAUCAAAUCUUGAAGAAAUGGAUUCUGAGAGCACGAAGGGAUUAGAUGGAACUGUAGUGGAUGAUGGAAAUGAAGAAGAUGGUCCCAAGGCUCAAGAAGGAUGGGUGCCUGACGUAGAUGCUUUAUUCAAUAACCAAGAGAUUGGUGAUGCUAAAGAUGCUUUAUUCAAUAACCGAGAGAAUGGUGAUGAUAAUGAUGUUCUAUUCAAGAACCGAGAGCAUGGUGAUGUGAAAUAUUCUUUAUUCAAUAACAGAGAGAAUGGCGAUGUUAAAGAUCCCUUAUUUAAUUGCCAAGAGAAUGAUGACACUAAAGUGGAAAACAUUGCUGGGGAUGCCAGAAACGAUACUGGGACAACAGAGUUUGAGAAUGAUUUGGUUGGAGAUAGAGAGAAGCUUAAGGACACUGCUGCCUUUAAGCUUGCUAUAGAAGAAGAAUGGGCGAACAGGCAGCGAGAAAUACAAAUACAGGCAGAGGAAGCUCAGCGAUUGCGUAAGAGGAAAAAAUUAGAAAGUUUGCGUUUGUUAGAAAUGGAGAAAAGGCAGAAGCAACGCAUAGAAGAAAUGCGAGAAACACAAAAGAAGGAUGAAGAAACUAUUAAUUUGAAGGAGCAGCUACGUGUUGAAGUGAGGAGGGAACUUGACAAAUUGGAGUUUCAAUAUAGAGAUAUGGCUUCACUACUCCGUGGCUUAGGGAUCAUGGUUGGAGGGGGUUUGCGCCCCAUGUUACAUGAGGUUCAAGCAGCUUACAAACAAGCCUUGCUUCGGUUUCAUCCUGAUCGGGCAUCAAAGAGAAACCCUCGUCAAAUGGUUGAGGCUGAGGAGACAUUUAAGCUCAUCUCUCGAUUGAAGGAUAAGCUUCCCCCCUGCAUGUGAUUAACCAUUUAACCCCAAACUCGAACCUCAUUUUCCAUAUAGUGUAUAAAUAUUUGCCUUAAUUCUUUGCAUCAUCACCUUCAUAAGCCAUUGAUGACGCAUUAAGAGUGCCUGCAGUACCUAACAUCUCUCUCUCUCUCUCUCUCUCUCUCUCUCUCAGGCAUGCACACACACACACAUAAGCACCCCCUUAGUUGGGUUUUUUGUUGUAUAUGAAGCUGGUUAGAAUUUUGGUACUGCAACUUAUGCACCAUCUAACAAUUCACGACUUUGCAUCAAAAUUUGUGGCCAUUCUGAUUUCUUUUAUGUAAACAAGGAACACCCUUCAUGUUAACUUUUAUGGUUUUUCACGUACAGUAAGACUGUUGUAUAACACUUUUAAUUGAAGUGCAGUUAGGUUCUGUAAUAUAGCUUUGGCA